UUUUUUUGGGAGGGGGGGGGGGUGUGAAGAGGGGAAAUCGUGGUGGUUUUGCUUGAGCACAGUACGUUGAAUGCAGUAGAUUAGGUAUGGCUCUAUCUACGUUCAGAGUCUUUGGUAGAUGGGCGAGAGAAAUCAGCAUGAGAAAGUGUCUGAUAUUGAGAGAUCUGCUUGGCCAAGGUUCUUCUUGGUUGCAAACUUAUGUAUGAUGUAUGGUUGUAUGGGUGAUGUGCAGAAGCAGGCUAAGAUCGAUCAGGAAGAAAAUAGACGGCGAAUCUAUCGUCUCGACCACAUGAAAAAAAAAGCAAAAAGAACUGGAACCUGGAGGGGGAAACAGGUUGAGCGACCUCUAUGCAGACAAGGAUCAAGCCAGUCAGGCUAACCAGUGGAAUCAAUGCAAUGCGCCCCCGUGUUGUAUGUGAUAAGCCCCGUUCGCUUUCCAAGAGAGACACAGAUAAAACCCAGAAAGAAAACCAAUAACGCCGGUAGGAUGAGU